AAUCCAUCAACCAACAACCAAUCAAUCAUUAACACUGAGAGGAGGAGCAGCACUGACAGAGGAGAGCUGCAACGUCACAUUUCCUCAAAUGAAAGUGAAAGUUGGUCUGAGUGACAGCACAGCUGCAGUCGAGACAAGUCUCUCUGUUUCUCUCUACAGAAACAUUCAGCUGAAUCCAUCAGGUUUUUCUCAACAAAAAAGCAGAAGCUCUGCCAAACACUGAGUGUAGAUAUGUCUGCUGCAAGCUGUCUGCUGACUGAAGAUCAGUUUCUGUGCUCCAUCUGUCUGGAUGUGUUCACUGAUCCAGUCAGCACACCAUGUGGACACAACUUCUGUAAAACCUGCAUCACUGAACACUGGAAUACUAAUGUCCCGUGUCAGUGUCCCAACUGUAAAGAGGUUUUCAACACACGACCUGAGCUGCGGGUCAAUAUCUUCAUCUCUGAGAUGGCUGCUCAGUUCAGACAGUCAGCUCAACAGAAAGCCAGCAGCAGCAGCUCAGAGCAACACGUUGCCAAACCAGGAGACGUUCCCUGUGACGUCUGCACUGGAACCAAACUGAAGGCCCUGAAGUCCUGCCUGGUGUGUCUGGCCUCCUACUGUGAGACUCACCUGGAGCCUCAUCUGACAGCUUCACGUCUGAAAAGACAUCAGCUGAUCGACCCCGUGGAGAACCUGGAAGGCAGGAUGUGUACGAAGCACGAUAAACUGCUGGAGCUGUUCUGUAAGACCGACCAGACGUGUGUCUGCUUGCUCUGCACUUUUUCAGACCACAAGACACACGAUGUUGUUCCUCUGAAAGAAGAAUAUGAAGAUAAGAAGGCCGAGCUGGGGAAGACAGAGGCUGAAACUCAGCAGCUGAUCCAGAAGAGACGACUGAAGAUUCAGGAGAUCAAACGCUCAGUGCAGCUCAGUAAGGAAGAUGCAGACAGAGAGAUAGCAGGUGGUGUUCAGGUCUUCACCGCUCUGAAGGAGUCUGUUGAGAGAAGCCAGGCCGAGCUCAUCGACACGAUCAGAGAGAAGCAGAGAAAGACAGAGAAACAGGCUAAAGGCUUCAUCCAAGAGCUGGAACAGGAAAUCUCUGAGCUGAAGAAGAGAAGCUCUGAGCUGGAGCAGCUCUCACGCUCUGAAGACCACCUCCACCUCCUCCAAAGCCUCCCGUCCCUGAACGCUGCUCCACCCACCAAGGACUGGACAGAAGUCAGCGUCCGUCCACCUUCAUAUGAGGGGACUGUGGUGAGAGCUGUGAAUCAGCUGGAGGAGAUGCUCAGUAAACAGAUGAAGAAGCUGUUUGAGGCCAAGCUGAAGAGGGUCCAGCAGUACGCAGUGGCUGUGACACUCGAUCCUGAUACAGCACAUCGCAAACUCAUCCUGUCUGAUGAUGGAAAACAAGUUAAACACGGUGAUGUAAAGAAGAAUCUCCCAGACAACCCAGAGAGAUUUGAUACUUGUGCUAUUGUCUUAGCAAAGCAGAGUUUCUCUUUAGGAAGAUUUUAUUACGAGGUUCAGGUUAAAGGGAAGACUGACUGGGAUUUAGGAGUGGCCAGACAGUCGGUCAACAGGAAGGGACAAAUUACACUGAAUCCUCAGAAUGGUUACUGGACGAUAUAUUUGAGUAAUGAAAAUGAGUACAAAGCUGCUGCUGGCCCUCCAGUCUCUGUCUCUCUGAAGUCUCAGCCUGAGACGGUGGGGGUGUUUGUGGAUUAUGAGGAGGGUCUGGUCUCCUUUUAUGACGUUGAUGCUGCAGCUCUGAUCUACUCCUUUACUGGCUGCUGCUUCACUGAGAAACUCUACCCAUACUUCUGUCCCUGUCCUAAUCAUGGUGGUAAAAACUCUGCCCCUCUGAUCAUCGCUCCUGUCAGUCACUCUGAGUAGAACAACCAUUUGAUUUACAGAAAGAUUCACUAUCAUUUAAUGUAAUAAAUGUAUAUUUAUUGGUGAUGGUGUAUACAAUGUUGUUUUUGUCGGAUUCUGAUGUUUCUUUUCCUUUUUUUUGCUGUAGAUGUUUCUUUGAUGUGCCACAUUGCUACUUAUUACUACAACACACCAAUUUUACCUGAUUUAUUUGAUCUAAUUUAGUCUAAUUUCUAACUGCCUUCAAGACUGUAAAACCAUCAGAAAACAAUGGACUCAGAAAUAAGAAGCAUUUGCACGUUCCUUAAAUGUCUGGGUGCCAAAUUCAAAACUUUUUAUUGUCACAUCAUGUUUAUAUAAGAAGUGUUGCUCAGUGGCACAAAUUACCGAAGAGCCUUUUUAUAAAUGAGACACAGGUCAUUUGUUUUUCUCUUUUUCUUUUUAAUAAAACAAAAGCAAAAUCAAGUUUUUAUUGUGUCUGAUUAAGUUAUUGUUUUGGAUUGAUGUCAAAGCUGAAAAACAGCUGAUGGAGUUUCUAAUGGCCACCAAAUCACGUGAAUAAAAACACCAUCAGCUGUUCUCAGACUGACUUGAGCUGACGAGCUGAGACACCCCAUCACAUCUGAGGCAGUUGGUAGUGUGAGAUAAUGUAGUGUUAUUUAAGGUCUGAGGUGUGUUUGAGCAGCUGAUAUGAACACUAAACCAGUGCUGCUAGUUUGGAGAGAACAAGUGACAGCUGAGGACGCCCUCUAGGGGAGUUCAUAACAAACUGCAGCCUGUGGCCACAUGAGGACAUGCUCUUCAUAAAUAACUACACAGUCUGAUGCUGAAGCAGAUCACAUGAAUGCAGGAGCACAAUGAAAUCAGAAUCAGAAAUA